AUGGAGCAACCCCUUCUAGGAAGUGAGACUCCAGACUAUGAGACCUUCUCAGAAAGCCCUCCUCCCACCCUUUCUUCCUUCCCUAGAACCCUGAAGAAUAAGCGGCUGUUUCUGGCCACCUUUGCAGCAGUACUGGGAAAUUUCAGCUUUGGCUAUGCCCUGGUCUACACAUCCCCAGUCAUCCCAGCUCUUGAGAGAUCCCCCAAUCCAGCUUUAAGAAUGAACAAGACGGAGUCUUCCUGGUUCGGGUCUGUAUUCACGUUGGGAGCAGCUGCUGGCGGCCUCAGUGCUAUGGUACUCAACGACCUCCUGGGCAGGAAGCUCAGUAUCAUGUUCUCUGCUGUACCCUCAGUAAUCGGCUACGCCCUCAUGGCCGGCGCUCAGGGUCUGUGGAUGCUCUUACUGGGAAGGACUUUGACCGGCUUUGCAGGAGGUCUCACCGCUGCCUGUAUCCCAGUCUAUGUGUCCGAGAUCUCCCAUCCUGGAGUUCGAGGGGCUCUAGGGGCUACGCCCCAGAUCAUGGCCGUCUUUGGGUCCCUCUUGCUUUAUGCUCUGGGCUUGAAAGUGCCCUGGCGCUGGCUGGCAGUGGCUGGAGAGGUGCCCGUAUUCGUCAUGAUGGUACUUCUGUGCUUUAUGCCCAACUCCCCUCGAUUCCUCCUCUCCCAGGGCAAGGAGGAGGAGGCCCUGGAAGCCCUGGCCUGGCUCCGAGGAAGGGACACAGACUUCCACAGAGAAUUCCAGCAGAUCCAGAACAGUGUCCAGCAGCAGAGCAGCGGACUGUCGUGGGCGGAGCUGCGGGACCCUUUCAUCUACAAGCCCAUCGCCAUCGCAGUCCUGAUGCGGUUCCUGCAGCAGCUCACGGGGGUCACGCCCAUCCUGGUGUACCUGCAGUCUAUCUUCCACAGCACGGCAGUCCUGCUGCCCCCAGAGGAGGACGCUGCCAUUGUGGGGGCCGUGAGGCUUGUCUCGGUGCUCAUCGCAGCCACCACCAUGGACAAAGCAGGCCGGAAGAUUCUUCUCUUUGUCUCAGCCUCCAUUAUGUUCGUGGCCAACCUGGUCCUGGGACUCUACGUCCACUUCAGUCCACAGCCGCCAGCCCCCAACACCACCGUGGAUCUGAGCCAUGGAGCCCUUGAGGCCUCGGGGUCAGGAAGCUACCUUAUGCUGAUUCCCCUCUUGGCCACCAUGCUCUUCAUCAUGGGCUAUGCCAUGGGCUGGGGCCCCAUCACAUGGCUCCUCAUGUCUGAGAUCCUCCCACUGAAGGCCCGAGGGGUGGCCUCUGGGCUCUGUGUGUUGGUCAGCUGGCUCACGGCCUUCGUGCUCACCAAGUCCUUCCUCCUGGUGGUGAAUGCUUUUGGCCUUCAGGUCCCAUUUUACUUCUUUGCUGCCAUCUGUCUGGUGAAUCUGGUCUUCACAGGCUGCUGCGUGCCAGAAACCAGGCGGCGGUCCUUGGAACAAAUCGAAUCAUUCUUCCGGACAGGGCAAAGGUCAUUCCUGAGAUAG